GGUGCCGGAAGUGUCGGAAGCAGAUCCCGGCGCGGCGAAGGGGCGCUGCAGCCGCGCCGCUCCCAGCCUGCCCCGCUCCUUUCCGGGGUCGCCUGCGCCCGGAAGAUGUUGCCUUUGUCCAUCAAGGACGAUGAGUACAAACCGCCCAAGUUCAACCUGGUCAGCAAGGUCUCGGGCUGGUUCAGGUCCAUCCUGUCCGACAAGACCUCGCGGAACCUGUUCUUCUUCCUCUGCCUCAACCUCUCCUUCGCCUUCGUGGAGCUGCUCUACGGCAUCUGGAGUAACAGUUUAGGUCUAAUAUCAGAUUCCUUUCAUAUGUUCUUUGACUGUACUGCUCUACUGGCCGGAUUAGCAGCUUCUGUCAUUUCAAAGUGGAGAUCAAAUGAUGCUUUCUCAUAUGGGUAUGUUCGAGCAGAAGUACUGGCUGGUUUUGUAAAUGGUCUGUUUCUGAUCUUCACAGCAUUCUUCAUUUUCUCUGAAGGCGUUGAGAGAGCAUUGGAGCCUCCUGAUGUGCAUCAUGAGAGACUUCUUCCUGUGUCUAUAUUAGGAUUCCUUGUGAAUCUUAUAGGAAUAUUUGUUUUUCAACAUGGAGGCCAUGGACACUCACAUGGCUCUGGGCAUGAGCACAGUCAUUCUCUAUUUAAUGGUGUUCUCAGCCAUGGACACAGUCACGGAGGUCACGGUCACAGCCAUGAAUCCAAACAUGGCCAUGGGCAUUCUCAUGAUCACAGUCAUGGGAAGGGACACUCGCAUAAUCAGGAUUAUUGUCAUGAUGAUCACUCUCUUGAAGGGGCUGCAGGAUCCAACAGACAGAUUUUAGAAGGUGUAUUUUUACACAUUGUCGCAGACACUCUUGGAAGUGUUGGUGUAAUCAUAUCAGCUAUACUGAUGCAGAACUAUGGUCUAAUGAUAGCAGAUCCUAUCUGUUCAAUGCUCAUAGCUCUACUUAUAGGAAUAAGUGUUGUUCCACUUUUAAGAGAGUCCAUUGGAAUCUUAAUGCAGCGAACGCCACCUUCCCUGGAAAGUGCCCUGCCUCAGUGCUAUCAGAGGGUUCAGCAGUUGCAAGGAGUUUACAGUUUACAUGAUCCACACUUCUGGACCCUUUGUAGUGAUGUUUACAUAGGGACCUUGAAACUAUUUGUAGCUCCUGAUGCUGACGCCAAGUGGAUUCUAAGCCAAACUCACAAUAUUUUUACUCAGGCAGGAGUCAGACAGCUUUAUGUACAGAUUGACUUUGCAGCCAUGUAGUGAACAUCAUAAAUUGAGUUCUUUGGACCAAAGUUUUCUGGUACUGUAAUGGUAUAAAACAUUGUACUCUUCAAGACAGAGCCACCGCCACCCCAGUUAACCAAGACCAAAUAGACUGCUGCCUUUUGGCUACUUCUAGAGUUCAUGUUUAAGGAGUAAAAACUGAAAGGAUAUGUCCUGGACUUCUGGUCUUGUCUUUUGUGGCCCCCAAACUUUAUUCAUUUUUUUUUUUUUUUACUUACUACAAUUGUUCCAACAGGAAACUAAGAUUGUGGGACUGCAAUUCCUGUCAUGUCUUUAAUGAAGGGCUUGUCCAAACAAAAAUUAGUUCAUAGCAAGCUGGGGAGUGAAUCUACUCUGCGCUAGCCUGCUGCAGACUAACUGCCCAUGUAGGGCCGGCUCCAGCAUUUCUGCCGCCCCAA